GAUUUGGAGGCGAGUAACUUAACCAAGAAAGUAUUUCGCUACAAGAAAGAACCAGCUUGGUCUCUGCUUACAGGACAUCGGCAUGGCGUUUCGGACAACACAAGGCAGAAGAAGAAUUGUUUACGAUGAAACCCCCAAAGAUUUUUUGCCUCAGCUGUGUACGCCGCCGGCUGAAGAAGACAUGGAUGAUACAUAUAGGUACAAAGGAUAUCUAUACAAUUUAAGGGAGCCGAGAUAUCCCAUGACAGGCCCCAUUGGAUUUAAACCGAAUGGAAAGCACUACCCGCUUAAGUCUUCACUGAUAAAAGGCAAGCCCGUAAUGCCGACAACCCCAGCAACAGGAUUCUUACACGGUUCACCAACUAUUGGACAAUAUACGGACGAGGAGAGACGGGAAAAGAAAGUUAAUCUUAAACUGAUGGAAAAGACUUCUGCAGAUUUACGCAAAGAUUACAGACAACAACUUGAGAGGCAGAGGUUUAUGAAAGAUCAUCAGAAGCACAAGCAGAUCGAAAGUUUAAUUAAAAAGAAAGAGAAAGCAGACGACUUGAAGUUGCUGAACAGUUACAACCCGUUUGGUAAACCUGGAUAUGGAGCUCCACGGGGGAGCGGGAAAGAAAACUUGUCGAUCACCAAAGCGAUAACUUCAAAAGAUGGUGUCGGAAUAUUACAAGAUAAAAUGACGAAAGAAGAAACACCUCCAAAACGACCCAAAAACAAACUGAAAAUCCAAAGGUACGAGGACGACCGCAUGAGGCGCUACAGAGUAGAUCGUUUCACGGCAAAUAAAUACAAGCAGGAACUUGAUGCCUUAAUCGACGUUAAGAAGCAACAAGAAGAAAUCGUGCAAGGCAUUGACAAGAAGAGAGAGGACGAGAUGGUGAAUUAUGAUCCGUUUGGAAAACCUGGAGCAGGCGCACCCAACCGUGACGACCAAGGAAGACCAUCAACACGUAGAAGCAUCAGUCUCUCAUAUGUUAAUCACCCGUUAGAUGCAAAAAACAUAGUACAGAAGAGACAGCGACUUUUUAAACAGGCACAAGGCAACAUUAAAAUGUCGCGGAAACAUCAUUUCUCAAGCCCAGAGAAAUUUCCUGAAGACAAUACGACGAACGAAAACGAUAAUCCGUGGAUGAAAUUGGGUCAACUCCCUGCUAAGAGGGAAGGCAUAAGAUUCCCAAGAACAGGUGAUCACGGAGUGUACGAAUUCGUGGACGCCGAUAUGGAGAGCGAGAUAUUCCCUCGUAAACAUAUAGGUGGUGGUGGAGAACCUUUAGUUGGAGACACCGGUGAAAAACGAACGAAACGUGUUGGCCUGCUUACCACUAUACACGGUGCAAGGCGUUCAGAAAACAUUACUAAAGUCGCCACCCCUGAGAACGUGCGGGACCAUGGACGUAACAGCCCUUGGGGUCGACCGGGCGCAGGAGCCCCUCUGAAGGACGAUAAUGGAGAAAUCGUUAAGAACACGAAGGGUCGCAUACAGUACGAAGCAAAGGGUUAUUCGCAAGCAGAAGCAGAGACGAUCGAAAGAGCAAAGAAGAUUUACAGAGAUGAUUUAAAGGAAGGCAUUGACCAACAACGUCAGAUUCGCAACCAAGAGAAAGACUACAUGCGGUUACCACCGGGAGAUGUACCUUCAUGGUUCAGCAAGGGAAAAGUUGGACGACCGAAACGGGAUCCUGUCACUGGUAUUAUAGUUCCUCAGAAAAGGAUCAUGUCUGACGUCACAGCUCAGAAGUUUAAUUCUGACCGUCCUCGAGACGCAGAGAAGUAUUAUCAAGAUCUGCAAAGAAUGGCUGACGAAAGAUACCGAAAAAGGGUAGAAGAAAGGCAGAAGAUACUGCAACAGGAAAUAAAGCAUACGAAAGCGUUCAGUGCUUUCUUUGACCGGCCGGGACACGGAGCUCCACACGAAAAAGGGACAGCAAGAAGAAAGUUUAGUAACAAUGCGAUUAUGGCGCAAGAACAGACUGGAACGGAAGUACCGGCUGUUAACCAGAUCGCUACGUUGAAUUCUGUAUUAAAUCUUCCACCCAAACGAGGAAUAGAACAAACUGCUUCAGUAGAAUCUUUCAAUGAGCCAAAAGAAGACAAAGAAAUUAAGAAAAAUAUUGUAUGCAAGGAAUGUCCUCAAAAAUUGUCUAAGCGAGACAGUGUCAGAAACUAUCUGCACGAGUUAGCUGAAGGUGAUAUAAAACAACGGCAUGUACCUGCGCGCAGAACAGCAUCGUUUCCAGCAGGUCUACCGAGUCUAAUGGUGUCCACAAACUACAAAGGUACAUCAGGUUUGAGGGCAUUGAUAGAGAACAGAGAGCGUCCAAACGUGAAAAUCAUAGAGCCUUUCCCUUAUCAAGUAGUCGCACCUUGGGCCAUUGAUGCGUGACAGCACGUGACGGCAAGAACUGAUAACUCACAAAUACACAAACCAAGAUUUU